UUUUCUAGCUCAGAAACUAUUUACAGUUAGAGAACUGCUGCAGAUUAGAUAGAAGACUUUAGAACUAAAAUACGGGGUGAAAAAAAGCAAUGGGAGAUUAUCACAGGAAACAGACUGACAGUGUUAGUUUGACCAGCACAGCUUUGUUUUUCUAGUAAUAUUGUAGUGUUGUUUUGGUGUCGUAUUUUGUGAAACCGUCUUAUUUCUGCUUGUAAAAUUGUAAAGUGUUUGACGAAGUGCUUUCGUGCACUGACCGCUAACAGAGAAGAUGAGUAAGUGUAAGAAAGAGUUGAGUGAGAAAGAGAGAGAGCGGUUGCUCAUCCGCAGGGCCAGCGGAGCCAACGCCUCUCAGCUGGCUCAUAUGGAAAAGAUGCUACAAGAAACCAAAGGCCUGCUAGAGAAGAAGACAGAGACGGAUUCAGAAAGCAAAGCCUGUGGCGACACUAUGGUGUCUGAUCUGGAGCAGAAGGUCCAGCGUAGCAAGCGAGACCGUCGUAACUCCCUCCACCGCACGCAGCUCCUGGAGAGUCAGAUGAAGACGGUUCGCGGUGAGCUCGUGGGCACGCUUGACCACCUGCAGGAGCUGCGCAACAUAUUGCGACGCUCACAGCAGAAAACAGAAGAGCGGGAAGCAGCCAUGCAAAAACUGGCUGCAGGGCUGAGGUGAGAAACCACCUGUUCACCUUCGGCUCAUGGGUUACCACAUCCAUUCGUCUCAUCAUAAAGACUUUUGAAUCAUUGUUUUUAAAGCCCUGUUCAUCUAAAAUGGUUUGACUGCACAUCCAGAAUGAUGUAAUGUUUCACAAUGGCUCAUAUAUUCCUUUGCAACCAGAUGCUGUUGUAAUAUCUAUAUUAAAUGUUUAAAGCAUGCCACAGUUAUUCAAAGACCAUGUUUUACCCUCCAAAGAUAGAAGCUGUUCUCCCGUUUUGGUUAAUGUGAGCUCUUGAUGUCUUUGAAUGGUAAGAUCCUGUUUUUAUAUCCUGUUGUUAGUAAAAUGCAGCCUUUAACCAUAAUGUACAAUUUAGGACAUCCACUGACUUGUUAACUUGAGAAAUAAAUUUCACACCCUGUCACAUCGGA